GCGUUCCAUGAAGUAAAAGUGAACAUAAACGAAGAUUAAAGGCGAAUGAAGGCGGCGAGCGGCGGGGAGGCGGAGCUGGAGUUCAGGGUUCAUGUGGGACAGUUCGGCACAAGAUGGCGGCGACCAAGCGGGUGCUGUAUGUGGGUGGCCUUGCUGAAGAGGUAGAUGAGAAGGUUCUUCAUGCAGCUUUUAUUCCAUUUGGAGAUAUUAUGGACAUUCAAAUUCCACUGGAUUAUGAGACGGAGAAACACAGAGGUUUUGCAUUCGUUGAAUUUGAGGGUGCUGAGGAUGCUGCAGCUGCCAUUGAUAACAUGAAUGAGUCUGAACUUUUUGGAAGGACAAUCCGAGUUAACCUGGCAAAACCCAUGCGAAUUAAAGAGGGAUCGUCAAGAGCAGUGUGGUCAGAUGAUGACUGGUUAAAGAAAUUUGCUGGGAAGACCCUGGAGGAAAAUGGAAGUGAGGAGCAAGGAGGAGAAGGUGGAGAAACACAAACACAGGAGGGUGAGCCACCAGCCAAGAAAUCAAGAUCCAAUCCUCAAGUUUACAUGGACAUCAAAAUUGCCAACAAGGCUGUUGGUAGAUUACGGUUUUUAUUACGAGCUGACGUUGUACCAAUGACUGCAGAAAAUUUCCGGUGCCUCUGUACACACGAGAAGGGAUUUGGUUACAAGGGCAGCAGUUUCCAUCGAAUUAUACCCCAGUUCAUGUGUCAGGGUGGAGAUUUCACCAAUCACAACGGUACUGGAGGGAAAUCCAUCUACGGCAGGAAGUUUGACGAUGAAAACUAUAUUCUGAAACACUCAGCGGCAGGAUUGCUGUCAAUGGCAAACUCUGGAAUCAAUACAAAUGGAUCUCAGUUUUUCAUUACCCUCGACAAGACAGACUGGCUGGAUGGAAAACACGUAGUAUUUGGGGAAAUGGUGGAAGGAAUGGAUAUUGUCAGACAGAUGGAAGCUCAAGGUUCUAAAGAUGGAAAACCUAAGCAAAAAAUGAUCAUCUCAGACUGCGGAGAAUAUGUGUGAUGGUAGUGGCUGUUAGACAUAACUUUUGUAGAUUUCAUUUUUUCGUACUUUUAAUGUUUUUUUGUGAAGAUUUAUUGUAAAUACAUUCAACAUGCAAAAUAAAUUUUUUUAAAAACCAA